AUGGAUCCAACUGGCCCAUCGGGGACGCCGGGCCUGCCUUCGCCGGGCGAGUUAAUAGCCCAGCAACGAAAAGAUGCCAUUCAGGCAGCGGGGCAGCCGACCGGCGAGGGCGGCCUGUUCGCCCAGCUCACCAGCAACCCUUUCUUCACGGCGGGAUUCGGACUCGCCGGUCUAGGAGCCGGCCUUAGCUUCGCACAGAAGGGCAUCCGGCAUGGCGCCGCGCUCCUCCGCCGGCGCAUGCUGGUCGACGUCGAAAUCAGCAUCAAAGACGACUCAUACCCGUGGUUUCUCCACUGGAUGACUCUGUACCAACAAUCGCAACUCAACAACGCUCGGUCCGCCGCCAGCAGGUCUGGCUUCAUGGAAUCCCUCCUCCAGCGAUUGACCCCCGGAAUGCGACAUCUCUCCAUUCAGACGCAAAAGAUUGAGCACUCGAACGGGGCGAUUCAUACCCACUUCGCGCUGGUCCCCGGCCCCGGAAGACAUGUCCUGCGCUAUAAAAAUGCCUUCAUCUUCGUCAAUCGGAUGCGAGAGUCCAAGUCCCAAGACCUCCACACCGGCCGGCCGUGGGAGACGAUAACCCUGACGACGCUUUAUUCGCAUCGACAUGUAUUUGAGGACUUGUUCAUGGAGGCCCACGCGUAUGCACAGAAGUCACACGAAGGGAAAACCUCCAUCUACAACAGCUGGGGCGCGGAAUGGAAAUUGUUUGGACAGCCUCGGCGGAAGCGUCCUUUGGACUCGGUCAUCUUGGACCAGGGUGUGAAGGAACGGAUUGUGGACGAUGUUAAAGAUUUUAUUGCGAGCGGAAAGUGGUACCACGAUCGUGGAAUCCCGUACCGUCGCGGUUAUCUGUUCUACGGACCACCGGGAACCGGGAAGAGCUCCUUUAUCCAGGCACUGGCUGGCGAGUUGGAUUACGACAUUGCGAUAUUGAACCUGAGCGAGCGGGGUUUGACGGAUGAUCGAUUGAACCAUCUGCUGACCAUUGUCCCCAACCGAACGUUGGUGCUCCUGGAAGAUGUGGACGCAGCGUUUUCCAACCGACGAAUGCAAACCGACGCCGACGGAUAUCGCGGCGCGAAUGUGACCUUCUCAGGUCUCCUCAACGCUUUGGACGGAGUUGCAAGUGCCGAAGAACGGAUCAUCUUCCUCACCACCAACCACGUGGAGCGACUGGACGAGGCUUUGGUCCGCCCGGGCCGUGUCGAUAUGACGGUUCGCUUGGGUGAAGUGACACGGUACCAGGUCGGCUGCCUGUGGGAUCGCUUCUACGGCGAUCUGGACACAUCGGGAACAUACCGACAGAGGUUUCUCGAUCGCCUGCAUGAGCUCGGGCUGAUUGAAGACGAGAAUGGCCGAAUGCCGGACCAAGCGAAGAGCACGAGCGCUGCUGCUCUCCAGGGUUUGUUUUUGUACAACAAGGGAGACAUGGAGGGAGCCAUUGCGAUGGCCGAGGGGCUGACCACCAGUGUUCAUGAAGAGGCUAUGGAGCAUGGCCAGUGA